AUGGAUGUAUUCCUGAAUCAGAAGAUAACAUGGGCAUUCGUGGUCUUCAUGCCAUACAAGAUGUGUUUCUCGGCUAUUGGUCAAAUUAUAUAUGGAAUUCUUAUGGCUCUUUGCCUAGCACUCACAGUGACGUCCAUGUUUACACCUGGCUGGAGAGACUUUAGUGAUCAAUUGCAAGAUGACUUGAAAAACUUAGAAAUACCAAAAGCUCAAGGAAUUUUACCCUUUGCUUGCUCAUUCCCUGGGGAAACAAAUAAACCACAGGGAGGAAUGAGUGAUAAGGACUACUGUAAAUUAUGGUGGAAGAAUUUGGGUGAUUGGGAGAGGGUAGUUAUUGUUUUCAUGGGCUUGGCAAUCAUAACGGAACUAAUAGCUUUGGUGUGGAACUUAUUCAGCUGUUGUGCAUGCUGCUGCAAGAAAUAUCUUCUUCAUCCAUUAUCACCUUUGUCCUUCUUCGUUGUCCUGUUUCUCGCAGUUGCAGUCAUUGUUUACGCCGUAAACAACAAACAUGCAUACGAUAACAUACAAGACUUCCAUGAUAUACAAGAUAAAAUGACUAGUGAAGUUGGAUAUUCGUUCUGGCUAGCUGUAGGUGCACUGGGUAUAGCCAUAAUCGAUACUAUCGUUGCAUCCAUAACAGUCUUCUGCGGUGAGAGAUGUUGUUAA